AUGUGUCACACGCGUGUUGCAAAAGCAAUUGUGUUCUGUGUUGGUACGACGAUAGGCAAGACGGGGUGCAGGCUGGUUAUGCAAGCCCCAUCUCCACCCCUGGCCUACCGAGAAACGUAUUCGUCUUUAGUGACGAAAUCUGAAGAGAUAUUAGAUGCUUGCUUUAACCUCUACGGGCAAGCAAAGCACAUCCACCGGGAGAACUGUGCCAAAUGGUUCAGUGAUAGGCAGGGCGAGGCAAACCAAUGUCCUUACAUGGAUUACACGGAAGUAAAGGAAUCACUAUUACGUAUUCGAGAGUUGACAGUUAUCGCUUACCAAAUGCUAAUGAGAAGCGGGGAAAAGAAAGAGGGGGGGGGGAAGACAAUGUCGUGUUCCAGCGGUCAUUCCUCGUCAAAUGACCACCAUGCCUUACCCGUCCGUACUAUUUACGACACUCUAUCUCCCUUUUACCGUGGCAAUCCCUUCUCCGUUGUCACCUCAAGUACACACACGCACACACGCCUAAACAUGCAUGCACAUAUGCACAGAGAUGAUAUCAGCGGUGAUGAAAGAUGA